AUGUCGCUAGCAUCGAGAUCGACCCCGAUCAGCUACCUGUUCUACCCACACAUCGUUGAUGAGGUCCUCUCGUACUGUGACUACACGACCCUCCUCCGCUUCCGUGCCACGUGUCGAUCCUUGAAGGCUCUAGCACACCGGGCGCUGCACGACGGCCACCUCACCAUCGGCGUCGAAGGCAGCUUCAUCGACCUCAAGUUUUUCGCGGACGAGUUUGACCCGUGCCAGCCGCCUCCCCCACCCUGCCAGACGCCUACAGUCGUGAUGCGCGGCGCGAUGGGUGUGCUUCCCUUUCGCCUUGAGGCUGAUUGGACUUGGGCGUGCGAGCACAGCCGUGAGGUGGACAUUGACGGCGCGUGUCUCUCCAUGUCGACGCACAUUGUCCCAGACCCAACCCAAGGGUUCCGCAUGUGUCAACCCAAACCUCACAAGGAUACCGAGAACCUUCCCAAUCCAAGCACUUUUGGGAGCGUCACAAUCCAGGCUGGCCUGCUUCGAGCGCUAUCCCGCACUCCACGCACCUCGUCCGCCACCAUCACCCACUCAUACCAGCAUGGUCCACCCGCCUACCUUCCGCCUACCGAGAGUUUGACACUACGGACUGACCCGCUGUGUGAUUGUCUUGUUGUCAAGUUCAGACUUCGUCCAGAGCUGCAACCUCAACACUCGGCGAAGCACAUAACCCUUCGGGUACCCGAUGCGUGGAACGGUGAAGACCACAUGGCGUGCUGCUGCAAUCUGGCCUUUGCCCUUCUCCAGCCCUCUGUCGAGCGCCUGACCUUGUCGAUCGAUCGAACAUUGUCAACUUUCCAGAAGCAUGAGUAUAGUCAAGAUUUUGGCUUCAUUCUUUACGAGCUUGAAGAACGCGGUUCCCGUGGGAACAUCAAGAGCAUUGAAGUCGAGCUUCGUCCCAGAAAGCCUGGGAGCAUGGAUGAGGUACUAGCCGAGCAGAUCAAGGCUCAGUGUGCCCAGCGCUGUCAUGUCGACAGCGACGAGGUUCACAUAGUCUAUAGUCCUACCGCGGGGGACCCCCGGCCGUAUACUAGACCAUUCUGA